AGCCGACCUCGGGGAGCCCGGCCCCACCCGGCCUGGCGGAGCAAUGAGCUUCUUCGGCUUCGGGCAGAGCGUGGAGGUGGAGAUCCUGCUGAACGAUGCGGAGAGUAGGAAGCGAGCGGAGCACAAGACGGAGGACGGGAAGAAGGAGAAGUAUUUCCUUUUCUACGACGGGGAGACCGUCUCCGGGAAGGUGAGCCUCGCGCUAAAGAACCCCAACAAGCGGCUGGAGCACCAGGGCAUCAAGAUCGAAUUCAUUGGGCAGAUUGAACUCUAUUAUGACCGUGGGAAUCACCAUGAGUUUGUGUCCCUGGUAAAGGACUUGGCUCGGCCUGGAGAGAUCACCCAGUCUCAGGCCUUCGACUUUGAAUUCACCCACGUGGAGAAGCCGUAUGAGUCCUACACAGGGCAGAAUGUAAAGCUACGCUAUUUCCUCCGGGCCACCAUUAGCCGCCGCCUCAACGAUGUUGUCAAGGAGAUGGACAUUGUGGUGCACACACUGAGCACGUACCCAGAGCUGAAUUCAUCCAUCAAAAUGGAGGUUGGGAUUGAGGACUGCCUGCACAUUGAGUUUGAGUACAAUAAAUCCAAAUACCACUUGAAAGACGUCAUUGUAGGGAAGAUAUACUUCCUGCUGGUGAGAAUCAAAAUCAAGCACAUGGAGAUAGACAUCAUCAAAAGGGAAACGACAGGCACUGGCCCCAAUGUUUACCACGAGAAUGACACCAUAGCCAAGUACGAAAUCAUGGAUGGGGCGCCAGUGCGGGGAGAAUCUAUCCCGAUCCGGCUCUUCCUGGCAGGGUACGAGCUCACACCCACGAUGCGGGACAUAAACAAGAAGUUCUCCGUGCGCUAUUACCUCAACCUGGUGCUGAUUGAUGAGGAGGAGCGGCGCUACUUCAAGCAGCAGGAAGUGGUGUUAUGGCGGAAGGGCGACAUUGUACGGAAGAGCAUGUCCCACCAGGCAGCCAUUGCCUCUCAGCGCUUCGAGGGCACAGCCUCCCUGGGUGAGGUGCGGACCCCCAGCCAGCUAUCUGACAACAACAGCAGGCAGUAGGCCACUGGGCCAGGAAGCUGCGGGGCUUCCCCCCAGCACCCACAUCUACCAAACACCAGCAGCUGAGAGAGGGGAAGGAUGGUGUGAGGCUCAGCUGACCAUUAUUUGCAACCUGAAAAAAAAUCAUGUUUUUGACUUAAAUUCUUUUCUCUGAAGAACUAAAGGGGCUUGGGUUGGGAAGCAGUCUCCUUGGGAUUCUGCAGCGGAUGCGAGGAUAGGGAGAGGAAGCAUCAUGGAAGCUAGUUCUGGGGAAGAAGAGCCCUCCUCCUGAGCUGCUUUUGUGUCUCAGAGGAGACCCAGGGCCAUGCAGCCUUGGCUUCUGGCUCUGAGUUUCUUGACAUAGGAUCUGAGCAGGUCCCUGGGAUUUGGAGCGGCCAGCAGGGCCCUAGGCAGUCACAUUUCAUACUCCCCUUGGCCAUCCCUGAGGUAGUCCCAAGAGGAGAGGCCCUGUCCUGUCCUAAAUGGGGUGGAGGGACCUCAAGAUCAGGAAGCUACCUCUCUGGGAGUCUCGGACAUGAUGCUUUGGAGUUUCCACAGUCAUCUUCUCUCUGGCCUGUCACUGCUGGGACCCAGGUGCCUGCCUUCCCCACCUGCUGUGGCUUGUCACGAACAUCCCAGGACAGAAGCUGAUGGAACAGCUGGGGGCUGACUGGCUCCUCAUCCAAGAGAGCUACCUGGGUCCAGAAAAGCCCUGGGGUCAGUGUCAUGCAUGGAUGGCGAAGAGGUUCAGCCACUAAGGAAGGAGGACUCAAGCAUGGCAACUGUCUCCCUUUGAGUUUGACUCUACUUGGUAGUCUGAGGUCUGGGCCCUUCUAGGGUAUUACUGUAAGUAAUCCAGCAAGCUCCAAGCAAGAGCUUCUGUUCUCUUUAAGAUGUUCUGGGAAGGGGCCAGGAUUCUUUUCCUCCCUAAGACUGGACCCUUCUUCACUCCUUGUCUCCCAUUUAAUUUCUAGGAAUUAGGGCUUGGUUUUAAGCACUUGUAAAUUUUGUCCUUACCCCUACUUUAAACCUGUUCACCUCUCUACCUGUAAGUUAUGGGAGGGAGAUGGGAACCCCAGCAGAGGAUUCAAUUACCACAAUUUCCAGAUAAUUUUGCUUGCCAAAUUACAUCUCAUUUUCAGCAGUUCACCCCAUUUAGGACCACUGAUUUUUUUAUUGUUUAAAAAUAUGAAAACUUUUGCAGAUGUUAUUACACUAGAGGACAGUUUUCCCUUGUUGCUCUGUGCUUGGGCCUAUACUGUAGUAGUAUUUACUAUCUUUUCUGCCUCAUCUGGGAGGAAUUACUCUAUUGGCUCCCUUCCCUUUAUACAAAGCCCAAUCAGACCCACUGGCCAGUCGGUACAGUAUCUGGUCCUUUCAAGUUUUUGGUAAUUUGGAAAGUAGAAGUAUUGGUUCCUGUCUCCUGUUUCAGUUAGUGUAGAAAAUGGAGACUUCUCUUUUCAUCAGAAAUCAGGGCAAGCCUGGGCCUUCCCUGGGCCAGCUCCUGGAUCAGAGUGAGACUGGAGUGAAAGACACUUGAGGGAUACAUGUAUUUGAUUGGGAGCAGCAGAUCCAAGGUAAAUUUGUUCCCCUGUGCCAGACCUGGAGUUCAAGUGUGACACACAAUCCCAGUGGAGCAGGGUCAGCCAUCCAACUGCCCUUGGACUACCAAGGCUGGAACUUAAUACAUCCAUGAAAGGCAGGUUCUGUGUCCUUUUUUCAUAGCAAGAGAAUGGGCUCCAGUGUGCCUCCUUUUUUUUGGUAUUGGGGAUCAAACUUGGGACCUUCUGCUUGCGAGGCAGGCACCGGCACCACUGAGCUAAAUCCCAGGCCCUGGCAUACCUCCUUUUAAUAGGCAGUGUUCUAACUAGAAAGCGUUUGUCAGUUCCUCUGCCUCCCAACUGACAACAGAAAUUCAUUUCCCAACUUUCCUAACAUCUUUUCUUCUUGGAGAACUAGAAGGUAGAAUUUGCUUUGAUUAUCUCAGGAGCUGUGAACAAGCCAGGUCUUUUUUUCUGACUAUCCCUGUUCUUUCUCCUCUAUCAACUGUGAAAGUGAGGGGGAGGGUCCUGCCCCUUCCUUUAAGGUCCUCAGACCUAGGAGCACGUUAGGUACUAAACCAAACAGUGCAACCUGUAAACAAGCAGCUGCAGUGUUUACAUGUUUCUUAAUGUGUUGUCUUUUCAAUAGCUGUAUUUUAAAAAAACACUUGUUUUAAUGAUCUAAUUAAAGGACACCCUGUGGCUUUGGAGGCAUCAUGCCGUGGUUCA